AUGAAGCUCCAUCCACUUUUCUUCGCUGCGUUUGCGCUAGUCCAGACCGCUUCUGCUUCCUCGUGUCCAUGCUUUUCUGCUUCGGACGUCACUGGAGUGGUACAUAGCUUUGCCGAUGGCGCCUCUUCCUCCAGCAAUCUGGGCUUUAGUACUACCUUUCGACUCGUCUUUAGUGACAGACGCAGUUACACCGUCAGAGAUUCCACCACUACCUUUAACUUUCAAGAGACUCAAGCCUACACGUGCGAAGUGACAACCUUGAGGGAAGACUUUAGUGUGGUAAUCGAUCCAAAUCGCAUCUUUCGGGUCAUCAACCAAGCACAGUACUUUACCUGUCGCGACUUGCUUCGAUUCACCAAACCAACGUCCGAGGCCGAGCUGGAAGCAUUUGAGAACCAAGUAGCGUCGGCCUCCGUUGUCCUACAAAAUGCAGGAACUGGAAGAUUCUUGACGGUGGCGGGUGAUGGAUCCAUUGUUAAACCCAGUGGACCUUUCUACCAGAGGACUGCCCUACGCUUCCGAACAGAGCCGCCAAAGAUACAACACGAACUUGUUUUGCUUUGGCUAGUUUAG